CAUAAUAUUUAGUGAACUGGUGGUGGGAACAAACAGUCGAUUAGCUCAAGUCAAUUGCGUGAUGGAUAAAGAUUUAUGAUUUAGUGACACGAAUAUGAGAAAAGCAAAAGUGCAUGCAUUCUAUUUUGUCAGCUCGAAGAUGGAUCUCGCACUAACUGAAAAGCUUCUUCGUCGAAGAAACAGAAUUGAUGAAGAAAAUCCAGCCAUGGAAGAAAACCCCGAGGAUAAAGUAAUGGCUACAAGCGUGGAAGCGGCCCACAAAUUCAAAUCGAUCGGAUCAAAACUGCGACCUCUGGUUAAAAGCUCCAAAGACAGAUCGUGUCGUGUGUUCUGCCGUCGUUGCUUCAUCUUGGUUCUGCUGGUGGCGGUCGUCCUACUUUCGUCAACUAUCUACGUAAUCUUCCAAUACGCGGACACCUUGCCGAACAUCUGUCACAGCAAAGAGUGUCUCCGUUCGGCGGCAGCCUUCAAGCAGAACAUGGACCUCCGGAUAGAUCCUUGUGAGGAUUUCUACUCGUACGUCUGCGGUAACUGGGCCGACGAUCAUCCCCGGCCGGAAUCGCACGGUUCCUACAGUUGGUACGCUGAACGGCAGUUAAAGAUCUAUCGGAACGUACGUGCUCAUUUGGAAACGAACAUCACCCGGGCGGACCCAAAACCAGUGGCUCAGGCGAAGGCGAUGUACAAGGCAUGUCUCGAUGAAGCUGCUCGAGAAAAACGUGGUUUCAAAGCGGUCACCCGGUAUCUCAAGGAAUUCGGACUACCAAUGAUUCCAACUCUGCUAAGUUCGGUCAAAACUUCAAAGCAAAAUCUCAAAUUUGAUUGGGUCAGCUCGGUGGCUAAAAUUCAAAGGAAACUUGUACUCAACGUCAUCAUUGGUUUCGAUAUAGUGCAGGACCAUAGAAAUAAGAGUCGAAAUCGUCUGUCUCUAGAGUAUCACUACUCACCGGGAGAUUUGGAUUUUCCCGCAUACGAGUGGUCCAAACUGAAGGUGAAAGGACACAACCGGAAGGAUUUGGCCGUACCCACCGAUGACGAAGGUGAUGAGGAUGAGGAAGAUGAUGACAGCUCAAUAAAUUUAGAGGAAAUGGCAGAGGAUUUUAUGGAAAUGAUCAGCGCUAUCGAUCCGGGUAUCGAAAUUGACAAGGAAAAGAUGUUGUUUCUAGCUACUCAGUUUACGGAGUUUUAUGAUCGAUUGCCGGAUCGUGUGGAACCCGAGGGAGAAAAUAUAGGCUAUUAUAAGCUUCAUGAGUUGCAACGGAUAACCGAUAAGUACAUCGCACCCAGGAAACCUUUUCCUAUUUGGCAGCGCUAUAUGGAGAUUCUUUUCGCUGGAUUGCCGGAGGGAAUUCCGACAGCAGAAGAUGAGCUUCAAAUCGACGACGUAGACAUUGAGUACUUGAAAAAGCUCAUCGAUGUCAUAUCUCGAGAGUCACCGGCCUAUAUUGAACUGUACAUUUGGGGAAAAGUUGUCUCCUUUUUGGUAACAAACGACUUCAGCCGUGCCUACGGGGAAGAAAGCUGCACAGAGAGUGUUCACAAUCUAAUGGGUCUUGCGGUUAGUUACGCCAUCGCUGACAAAGAUUUUCUAACCGAGACAAAACCACGUAUCGAACGGAUGCUGCGAGAUAUUCGAACGGAGUUCGAUCAGAUGGUUUUGAAGACGGACUGGAUGGACGCUUACACCAAGUAUGCAACACUAGAGAAGUCUAAAGCCACCGAAAGUUUGAUAGGAUUCCCGGAGUGGAUUUUAGACAUCGAGAAAUUAGAACAACACUACGAUGGGUUACAGGUUAGUGAUAGCCGUCACCUAGAAAAUUGGGUUACCGUGGUGGAGUUCCUAAUCAAAGAUAGACUACGUUCCUGGCGCAUGAGCACCGAUCGAAUUUGGGACAUGGAUCCGACGGAAGUGAAUGCUGCCAAUUUGCAGGAACGCAACGCAAUUAGUAUCCCUGUUGCGAUUAUUCAAUAUCCUUUCUACUAUCUUGGACUAGAAGCACUGAACUAUGGCGCUUUGGGAGAAAUUUUGGGACAUGAGCUCACCCACGGGUUCGAUGAUUCCGGUGUCCAUUAUGACAAGCACGGUAACCUAAAACGCUGGUGGUCGAUGCAUACCUUGCAGGAGUACGACGACCGUGCUACCUGUUUCGUCCAGCAGUACAGCAAAUAUUACGUUCCAGAGGCGAGAGGAUUCGUCGACGGUAAUCUAACCCUGGGCGAGAACAUUGCCGACAAUGGUGGACUACGGGAGGCGUUUCAUGCAUACCGGGCAUACAUUGAGAAGCACGGUCCGGAACCGAUUCUGCCCGGUUUCGAGGAGUUCACUCAUGAACAGCUGCUCUUUCUGUCAUUCGGAAAUCAAAAUUGUGAGACGCUGCCACCCAGUGCUUCCAAACAGAUUUUGGAAGAUGAACACAGCCCGUCAAGGUUCAGAGUGCAGGGCGUGCUGAGCAACAUGGAGGAAUUCAGCGAGACAUUCAAGUGUCCACCAGGCAGUACCAUGAAUCCAGUAGACAAAUGCCGCGUUUGGUGAUGAGGAGACUGUAAUUUAUUAAAUAAAUAAAAUUUUCAAUAUGCGAUAAGAACGGAUCAACUGUUUUUAUGGAGAAUCGCAAAUCAUAUUCGUGAUGCACCACACGAUGGAUAUGAAAAAGAGCAGAAAAACAUGACACA